AUGCGCCAACUCCUCUCCUCUCACUUGAGCAACGCCCUAACCCGCCUGCGAGCACUAAUCCCCACAGGCUCGAGGCCCAGACCCUCGUGCCCCUGCCAGACCUCGCCCCAGCCGCCCUGGCUCUCGGCCGUGCCCUGCCCGCGCGCCGGCUGCUUCGUGUUCCUGCGCGCCGACGCCACCGAAUACCUGGUCGAGCGCGUCCUCGAGCGCGACAACUUGUACGUCCUCCGGCCGUGGUACGGCGAUGGCCCGCCAGGAGUCCGCAGUAAGCUUGUCGUCGGGCAGGGCGGGGUCGUUGCCGUGUCCGAGUUUCCGUUUGUGGUCGGGGUGGAUGGCGGCGGUGGGCUGCGGUGA